AUGGCUCGUAGAGAUCUUGUAAUUAAAUGUCGUGGCUUACCGUGGUCUUGUACCGAGGAUGAGCUCAGAUCAUUUUUUGAACGUAAGAAGUUAAACUGUUCAUAUUCAGCCGCAGCUCGAUCGAUCGUUAAAAUAAUGUUGACAAAGAAUCGUGACGGCCGACCAAGUGGUGAGGCGUUUGUGACGUUUGAGAAUGAAGAAGAUUACGAGUAUGCACUCACUAAAGAUAAGCAGCACAUGGGCAAGCGCUAUGUGGAGGUAUUCGCGGCAUCGGCAAGUGAUGUUGAAUAUAACAUAACCGGACCAGAACGGCGGCUUCGCACGGGCAUUUCUUUACCUGGUCGGGAUACAUCAAUUGUACGAUUACGAGGUCUUCCGUACGGAUGUACAAAUGAUGAAAUUGUCAGAUUUUUUCAGCCCAUCCCCAUUGCUGAUAAUGGAAUCGUAAUGCCAUACGACCAUCGAAGUGGUAAAGCAACUGGUGAAGCAUUUGUUGCAUUUUAUGAAAUUGGUUCAGCGAGUCGCGCUUUGGAACGCAAUCGCAACAACAUUCAACAUAGAUAUAUUGAGGUAUUUCCAUCAACUUAUGGUGAAAUGUUGCAUGCACUUGACGUAGAAGAAAGUAGACGCGAUAAUGGUAGCAGUUGGCGCAAACCACGAGUGUCUCCUUAUGAGCGUGGAUCGAACUAUGCAUCUCGGGGCUAUGGGUCAGGCCGUUCGAGACGUCAUGACUCAUGGGGAAGUAGCGAUGCGUUCUCAGAGCCAUAUGGUUCACGUUUUGGUGGGGGACCGAUGCGAAAGGUUUGGCAAGAGGAACGUUCACAUGCUCCUUUGUCCAGAUCGAGGCGUUAUGCUGCUGACAGCUUCUUUGUACGAAUGCGUGGACUGCCUUAUCGUGCUACUGAGCGCGACAUAGUUGAUUUUUUUUAUCCACUGCGACCGGGCGCAAUUGAUAUAUUGAAUGAAUACGGCUCUGGACGACCAAGCGGUGAGGCGGUGGUUGAAUUUUUCAGCUUUUCUGAAAGAGAAGACGCACUUAGGAGGGAUCGAAAGCAUUUGGGUAAUUUGCUUUAUGUAAUAUUUGUGCAUUUGGGUUGCUAA